UGUUGUUUUCAUGAGAACUACAACAGUUACGUGGGAGACACUAGAAAGUUAGUUAGGGUGCCAGUUUUGGAUGGAUGGACUAGCAAUUCGUAACAUCAAAUCUUGGUACCUCUUUACUCGGAGCGAAACUAAGUUACUUAGCUUUUCCAUAGUGGAUCCUGGUCUAGACCGCAGACGUCGGAAUACCAGACGAGAGCACCAAACGUGCGUAGUCAUAAGCGAGUCGAAUUUCGUAACACUUGGAUGAUGAGCUUCGUUUCUUCCCCGCAAGUCACGUAGAAGAUGGAGAGCAGCCAGGUUACAAUCAGCGAGGAUGGAUCCGGAGACGUUACCAUUAGUAUUGCUGUGCCGAAUGCGCCAAAAGCCGAAGUGCAAGAGCAGGCACCAUCGGAAAGUCCCACUCCCAGUGGCCCAGUAGUUGAUGUGUCCGAGAAGGAUAGGAGGCUUCGACACUUUGUUGUCAAAGAAAUUGUAGAGACAGAGCGCUCCUAUUUGAGCACUUUGGAUGUCGUGUGUAAGACAAUGAAGCAGGGGAUGUUGGAUGGCAUGGACGAUGAACCAGAAUUUACAGAGGAAGUUGUGAACUCAUUAUUCAGCAAUGUGGAUGACCUACGCACUGUACAUAUGCGCAUUGUGGAUGACCUGACGGAGAACGUCAGCAAAGACUAUGAUGCCGACAGUGCCAUAGGUGCAGUUUAUAUGAAGCAUACAACGGCACUCAAGGAGAACUACACGAUUUAUGGAAGUACUCACGAGAAAGCUCAAGCCAUGAUUGUUGAACUCAUUCGUCGGGAACCGUUCAAGAGCUAUUUUACGAAUAUUCUAUCAGAUCGUGGACAGAUGGCCAGUGAUGCAAACAUACAGAGCUACCUGCUAUGUCCUGUGCAACGAAUCUGCAAAUACCCUCUUCUUUUCAGAGAACUGUGCAAGUACACCUGGAAUCAUCAUCCAGAUCAGGAAUCAGCCAAGUCUGCAUACCAGGCCAUGCAGGUCGUCUGCUCUGUCAUUAACGAGGCCAAGCGUCGUGCUGAGAAGCUGGAAGCCGUUCAUGACUGGCAGCAGGGUAUUGACAACUUUGAGGGAGCUAAUCUAGUUGAUACCUGUAACGAGAUGGUAUUGAAGGGUUCCUUGCUCAAGAUCUCCUCUGGCAACUGUCAAGAACGAUGGUUCUUUCUCUUUGACGGUGUGCUGGUCUAUUGCAAGAAGACUGGAGAGAAAGCAAGGGCGCCGCGGAGAAAACAAGGUGGACCUGGGCAAACUGCGCAAUCCCUUGGCUUUGCGUUCAAGGGUCGCAUUCCGCUUGAGACUAUGGAAGUGCAGAACCUGGAAGAUGGCACAUCUGAUCAGCUAACAUGUGGCAGUAAGGUGACGAAUGCAUGGCGUCUGCAGAACGUAGCCAAGAAGAAGUGGUUUGUCUGCAUGGCCAGUAGCGAGAAAGAGAAGCAAACAUGGAUGGAGACCCUGCUGGCGGAGCGCGAGAAACGGAGGAUGGUGGCGCUAAACCAGAUGCAAGAAACCUAUCUGCUGCUCUCGGCUAAGGCACGUAACUACUACAAGAUCAUGCAGGAGAAUAGAGUGUUGAAAGACCGCAAGGUGAAGAAAGCCGUGCAUCACCAGUCGUUCCUGGGCAGUGAAUUGAUUCACAUGAUCAUGGAUAGCGGUGAGUCGUCCGCCAUCAACCAAGCCAGCGACCUCGCAUUGGAGUUCCUGGCACAUACCAUCAUUGAGAAAGUGGAGAAGAAGCCUAAUGAUCCAGACAAGCCAGAAACGUUUGAGAACAAGGAACUCUACAUCUUCAAGGACAAGAAAUCGUCACAGCAGGAACACGGUGAAUUCAAGGCUGUUCAUCUCUACUCGCGUAUUCACCUCCUCUACAAUCCCAUCGUACGAGACAACAAAGCGCUGCUGUCAUCAAUCAAGUCCUGUUUCAGCGGCAAGGAUCUAAUCGACUUUCUCAUUGCUCAUGGUGAUUUCUCGGCCAGAGGCGAGGCUCAGCAGUUUGGACAACAUCUUUUCUCUAUGGGCUUCCUUCAGCAUGUUGAUGACAAGCACCAUUUCAAAGACGCUGAGCUGAUGUAUCGCUUUCUCUUCGACAAUGAGAAGGACACCAACAAGAAGAAGCAGGAGUUUUUCUGCUCCGAUUCCAACUGCAGUCGCACUGUCUACAUGAGUGGCGGCAAAGACAUUGGCAUUACGCUGGAGGCCGACGAUAUCACCACUAUCUCUGCGGUUACUCCCGGCAGUGAGGCUGCUGAGCAAGGCGUGGACGCUGGCAUGGUCAUCCAGAGAAUCAACUACUUGCAGGCCAGUAAAAUGUCUCAUGACGGCCUCAUGGAGAUUCUACACACUCCUGGCAUCAUCUCUUUAUGUGUCUCCUGCAAGGAAUCUGUGGUACUGAGGCUGGUACCGGAUGAAAAGAAUGGUUUUGGCUUCAAGAUUGUUGGCUCGUCGCCGGCUACUGUCAGCGAGGUAUCACCAGAUUCGUCUGCAUCGAGGAAUGGCCUGUUCCAAAGAAUGGCGGUUGCAUCGGUGGGUGGCCAAGACGUGACACAGGCAACGCAUACCUCCGUCCAUGAUUUGGUUCGGGCAGCAAGUAAGCAGGUUCCAGCCGGCACUCGUCGUCCCAGUGCGCCCGCUGCUAAUGAUGAUGAGUUGAUGGACACCGAAGAUCUAAACUUCUCCGAGAAGACCGGUGGAUUGCAGAAGAGCACGUCUGUCCAGUCGUUUGUCAACAUGUCGGCCGUCAUGGACUCCGUUACCGUGCUGGAAACGCCAAGCGAUCUAUGCUCGGAUGCUAUGGGUCCUGAAGAGGUGCAGGUGGAGAUGCAGGUACCGGACGUUGGCUACGAUACCUACUACCAGUACGACACGCUGGGAGAUGCUGAGGUCACCGUGCGCGAGACCGUGUCCAGCGGCAACUUUGCCUACAGUGUGCCAGCCAGGCUUUUCGAAUGCUUGUUGACGGAGGACAAGGAUAUCCUCUCCCACGUGGAAACCGUCAACCGUAGCCUGGAAGAUGGCCAGCUCACAAUACCCACGUCGCCGCAAUUCGAAGGCAGUCUUUCAUCGUUCUUGGAGAAGAUGACGGCCCAGGUUGAUAUCUAUCAGGCCAUGACCAAAGUCCUGUCAGCGCCCAGGUGUAGGCAGCAUAAAGGUAUCUUCGACAAUCACCGGUGGGAGCUGCUCGCCGCUCCGCUCAACUGCAACAUUCUGGAAAUGGAAGUGUGCACGUCGGUUCCCGUGCAGACCAACGGCACUGCAACACCGAGCACCGUAACCAGGGACGACGAAGAUGGUGGUCGUGAUGACCUGCAGGAAGUUGGCCGUGUCUUCUACCAUAUCGUGACCGCCGGUGCGCCAUCAGCAGUGGAAGUGUGUCGUAUGGAAGAUCCGGAGAAGGGUGCCGCUGGUCUGAAGUCGCUGAUGGAGGCACUGGGACCAGCUAGCGACUACCGCAAGUGGUUCCAUCAAGGACUGAAGAUGAUGGAUGAGCUAUUCGAAUGCCAGCUGCAAGUGCGAAAGGCGUUUGAAGGUCCCCCGGGCCUUGUUGCUCCUUCAAUGUCGUUUUGCGAUGAUUUGAGUGACGAAGAGGGCUUGAUAAAGAAAUGCGACUCGAUGUCCAGCCUAUGUUCGUCGGCCACCACUGAUGAACAAUCUGAUGUCAACCAGGCGGCUAUUGUUGCUAUCGGCAGUUUCCUAAGCAAGGCGGAUAAGUUCUGCGAAACUCUCCGGGAGAAAUCAGUGAACGCUGCAGUGGCCGUCAUUUACUCUCCCUCACAGCGUGAAUCCACAAGUACUUUACUGAGUGGCAAGGUUGCCAGCUCGCGGCCUUCGCAGCUGAAAGACUCCACACCAAAGCGAGCCCUGUCGAUCAGUAGUCAGACGCGGUCGCGCACCAUCUCCGGACCCACGUCCAUCAUUACAAGCACGAAAAUCUCGUCGCCAAGCGAGUCUCCACGGGAAAGGCGGAACACCAUCCGGUCGCAGCGUGGAGGCUACUUGGAACUGGCCGAAGCGCAAACGUUGACAACCAUCAACAAGCUUCAAGCAGGAAAGCAGAAUGCUGGUCGAAAGCUCAUCCAGCAGGUCACAGAGUUGAAGUCGAUCAACUCCAAGUGUCCAACUGAAGAAGGCACUAUGCCACUCAUUGAUGACAUUCUCAGCGGCAUCAAGAACAUCAACGAUGAGGUGUGCCGUUGUCUUCUCCACGCUAUGAUUAUGGAAGAAGAUCUUGGUGUUGUCCAGCGGCGAGACAUAGUCUUCGCCCAGGCACUCAGCAUCAUGAUGAGCGGCUUCAGUGCACGGUUACACGCAGCGCUGAACAGUGUGGUGAACCAUGCCAAUGAGUGGGCAUCGCCCACACAUCAGAACAGUGUGCAGUGGCUGCAGCAACUGCCCGUCUGCGGUCUACUGGUUCAGUUCGAUGUUUGGGCUGAGGCUCACCUGGCGGACGAGAUGGCUAUGUUAGAAGAUGCUGAUGUUGCCAUUGAAGAUCUACGUCAGAUUGACUUACGUAUAAAAUGCUGCCCACCAGAAAGAGAAGUAGAAGUGCGUCGUCAUGGUGGUAUAGCAAUUAGUGGACGACGUGGUCACAUCACUGUCGAGUACUUUUUGGAUUCAGAGAUGUACAACAAGCUGCCGUCCGCUUUCUAUGCGUGUCCGCCUAUUCAUGUCAGGGCAUGCUUGUUCACUUCGGCGAUGAGUGACUUGGCCACGCUGACUGCCACUAACAAGCUAGCCGGUGACGGCCAGGCAUUGCAGUGCUCGAUCAACACUCGCUCAGUGCAGUACCUGAAAGACUACUGCACCAGCUACCGGACAUUCCUCUUGGACACAUCGCGGACGGAGAUGAGUCGGGUUGAGAAGAUGGUGGAAAUUGACAAAUCGCUCAGCAAGCUACAAGCCAUUGACCAGGCUCUGGCUUGCCUAACGCGCACCGUGGCGCUCAACCAAGACAGAGACGAACGCUACGGGUCUUGUUCCAUCAUCCUCCAGGCCAACAACAUCGUCAACCGUUGCGGUGGUCUAAGAGUGGCGUGCUCUGAGAAGGGCUGCAAUCGGGUUUCGCUGGCAACAUCAGUUGAAAUGGCGUCGGUGCUAAUGCGAGCUCACCAGCUUCCACCUCGCUCCUUCAUUCCUGCUAUCAAUGUUGUGCGAAGUCAGGGCUCUGGCAUUAGUAACUUGCACAAGAACAAGCAAGGUGACAAGUACGUCUUGCUCAAUGUACCACCAAGUCUGUAUCGACCGCACAAGUCCUACUAUCGCCUGAGUGGUUCUGUCGGCAAUCCAAUGGACGCGCCGAAGUUGAACAAAAAACCUCAGAAGUCCAGGAGCUUCUUUGCCAAGGCAUCAAUGCGUUUGGUUGGCAGGGACAGCUCCAAACGGAAAGGAGGCAUCAAUUCACUCGUCCUUCCAACGAAAAGUUAACACAACUGGCCCUCAAAGGUGUGAUCUUUCCUUUAAUAGCCGCUCAUCCACCCAACCGGGAAGAUGAUGAGUUUUAGCCUCACCGCUUGCAAUCCUGCUCUGGUGUCUGUUCCCCUUUGCUUUUGCUCUUUGGCACACUUGGUUCCUCUUUGCUUUUGCUUCUUGACACACUUUGUCAAUGGGCUGUCAGCAGCACAGCACAGUUGCGCCCGCUGCUGCCGCUGCUACUACUACCGCUGAACCCAAAUGCUGUUCCAACGUGGCAGCGUUACUCCACAUGCUGCAUAUGCGCUAUUUGUCUCUCCCAUCUCCCUUAUCAGAUAUUGUCCUGAGGAGGAGUUCUGGAAUCAGUUUCCGCCAUAUUCUCGUGAUCGAUCAUCUUGCUACUCUUAUAAUACUCAUGACUAACUCUCUGUCUCUAUCCUAUCGUUAUUUGUAAGCAGGACUAUAGCCGGUGUGCACCAGGGCACACUUUGGGUGAUUGUGAAUGCAAUGACUACAUGCUUGGGUCUGUUCAUACAGUGAGCGAUUUCCGGCACUGUGCACCGAUUGCUGCUGUCGUCUUUCCACACAAACUGAUCAGCAACAGGCAGAUCAGAUCAACAGUCACACAGCCACAGAUCUCUAGCACUGCCGUACUUUGCAAAAUUCAUAACUAUUAAUUUUAUUUAUCUCGAUUUGUCCUUUUUCCAAUUUAUCGUUCAAAGCAUCAGUGUUAUGAGAACCUUAUCAUUGCUGUUCAAAUAUUGCAUGAAGCCACGUUGUCUCUAUUGCCCUGUCUUCUCGUCUGUUUGAGCCGUACUUUUUAGUGACAACAAAACACGAACAUAUCGACAUUGCA